CUCACCUUCAUCGACAUAAUGACAUUUAGUUCUUGGGAUCUCCUCUUCGUCUUCCACGUAUUUCUCAUACCCUGCGGAGGAGGAGGAGACGUCCCUCUCCCAGUGACUGGCCGUGUAGGGGAGACUGUCACACUGCCAUGCCCUCUGAAUCUGGCAGAUCCCAUUGUAGGAGUCUCAUGGAUGUUUUGUAAAAAUGGGAAAAAAAUUCUACUGGGUGUAUCCAGAAACCAGAAGUUUAUCAGAGAGAAUGGGAAUUAUUUCCCCAACCGGCUGGAAGGGUCUAACAGUGGCACCGCAUUACUGAUCAGGGAGCUGAGAAUGGAGGAUUCUGGGAUCUUCACUGCACGGUUUCUUGUUAAUGGCGAAGAGGCAGAAAUUACUUAUAAUGUCACAGUGUUGGAGUCCAUCCCUACACCAGUAAUAGAGAAGACAUUAGAUGGGAAUUCCCCUGAUCUCUGCCGUCUUCAUUGUUCUGUCCCAUCAAACUCAACAACCCUGUCCUACAGUUGGACCUACAGAGAUACUGGCACUGACAGACUAUAUGCCAAUGGCAGCACAAUCACUGUAUCACUGAAGGAUAAGGCAUUGGGGGCAGAAUUUACCUGCUGGGUACAGAAUCCUGCUCACAGGAACAGCACAUCCACCCCUUUAUAUCCAUGUGGGGAGGCACAAAGAAAAGAUGGAGUUUGCUGGAUUAAGAUAUAUAUUAUUCUUCCUGUUUAUGCCUUACUCUCUGCUACUGUAAUGUUUGUUAUAUUUGUUCCAGUAUAGAAACAAGAAAUUGUGACAGACCCAAACAGACAAAGUGACAAUGACUAGUGAUGAGCAAGGUUUUUUGCCAGG